CGCCGCGCUGCGAGCCCCUACAGCCGAUCCGCCGCUCGCGUCGCCCGCUCCUGCCUCCCUCGCGGCCGCCCUCUCCUCCGGACCAUGGCGCGCCGUGGCCGCUGCCGCCUCCUGGGGCUCGCCCUGGGGCUGCUGCUGGCGCUAGCGCUGGCGCCGCGGGCGCUGCGGGCCAAGCCCACGGUGCGCAAGGAGCGCGUGGUGAGGCCCGACUCGGAGCUGGGCGAGCGGCCGCCCGAGGACAACCAGAGUUUCCAGUACGACCACGAGGCCUUCCUGGGCAAAGAGGACUCCAAGACCUUCGAUCAGCUCACCCCAGAAGAGAGCAAGGAGAGGCUGGGGAAGAUUGUUGAUCGAAUUGACAGUGAUGGGGAUGGCUUUGUCACCACCGAGGAGCUGAAAAGUUGGAUCAAACGGGUGCAGAAAAGAUACAUUUAUGAUAAUGUUGCUAAAGUCUGGAAGGAUUAUGAUAGAGACAAAGACGAUAAAAUUUCCUGGGAAGAAUACAAACAAGCCACCUAUGGAUACUACCUGGGAAACCCCACAGAGUUCCAAGAUAGUUCCGAUCAUCAUACCUUCAAAAAGAUGCUGCCACGUGAUGAGAGAAGGUUCAAGGCUGCAGACCUCGAUGGGGACCUGACAGCUACUCGAGAGGAGUUCACUGCCUUUCUACAUCCUGAGGAGUUUGAGCAUAUGAAGGAAAUUGUGGUGUUGGAAACUCUGGAGGACAUCGACAAGAAUGGGGAUGGGUUUGUGGACCAGGAUGAGUACAUUGCCGAUAUGUUUUCUCACGAGGAUAAUGGCCCUGAGCCAGACUGGGUUUUGUCUGAACGGGAGCAGUUCAGUGACUUCCGAGACCUGAACAAGGAUGGGAAGCUGGACAAAGACGAGAUUCGCCACUGGAUCCUCCCUCAAGAUUAUGACCAUGCCCAGGCCGAGGCCAGGCACCUGGUAUACGAGUCGGAUAAGAACAAGGAUGAGAAGCUAACUAAAGAGGAAAUACUAGACAACUGGAACAUGUUUGUUGGAAGCCAAGCUACCAAUUAUGGGGAAGAUCUCACUAAAAAUCAUGAUGAACUUUGAAUAGACACUCACUAUAAUGUGGCAGAUUGUCAUACGCUUUCAUUUAUUGUCUUGGGUGGUUGCUACAAUUGUCUAAUUUACAGUAGUUGUGUCCCCCCAAAAGCAAGUUUAUACCUCAGAUUGGGGUACAAAUGAUUUUUUCACUCAAGAUCUACUGGAAAAUGGUCAUCACUAUUUUUUCAGUAAGAUUUCUCUCAAAGCACAUUACAAUCUUGGCAAAUUGCAAUUCUGCAUGGGGACACAUUGCUACAACAUGACUUUUUAAGUUUUUUUCCACUAAAUUUAAAUGAAAGUGGAAUAAAACUUGAAAAAAAAAAAACCCUAUUAUUCUUAAGGUUGGGUGGGAGGGGCAGUAUAUGGAGUGACUGCUACAUAUUUCAACUAUCAGGGUUUUUUGUUGUUGUUUAUUUUUUUAUUACUUGCCACUGCUAAAAAGUUGGAGAAGUAAAGAUUCUGAUGAAGCUAGAUAGUGGCAUUGUCCCAGGUAGCCUUAUUUCCGAGCAAGUCUAACAUUUCAGAUUCUUUCUUCCUUUUUACUCUGAGCUGUUACUGUAAGUGGUAUAUAAAACCUCUGUGCGUUUUUAUGAACAGACCUGCUAAUGUGCACAAUAAAUCCACAUUUUCUUUUUGUUUUUAUGUAAACUGAGAAGCAAUCAAGAAAGAUAAUGUGAACAAGAAAGGAGUUUUAGAGGUAGGGAAAAGACGAAUGUCAAGCAUUUGAAGAACUAUAGGAAAAUGAUAAACACUUUAAAUAUACUUGAGAAAAUUUUCUUGACAAGUAAAUGAGGUAGGUCUGAUCUUUGAAAUAGUGAAUAGAAAUACAGUCCGUUUCUUCAGUGAUCCUCAAUUGGAAUGAGACCGUGGGAUCACAAGAAAGCAAAAUGUAGUGGAGUUCAUUAGUGAACGUGAAUCCCUCACCUCGGAUCUGCCUCCAGGAUUGUUGACACUGUGGGAUUGGGAUUGUGAUGUUCCGAGCCAUUGACUGAACUGGCAGAAAUGAUGACUACAAGCUGAAAUUCCACCUUGUGAGUAGGAAGUGAAAUAAAGGAUCCCGAGAGGAUUUUCUACUGUG